AAUUGUCUUACAAAAAUAUAAUAAUAUAUAGUUUUUAUUCGUUUAUACAGUAUAUAAAAGCUGAAACCAUUGUAACAGCUCCAGAUUGCCUACAUUUCUUAUUUCUUGAAGUAGUCUCUGAUUGAAGACGUUUAAGUAUCUACAAUCUAUUAGAUUUGGAAGAGCUGUUUCCGGAUUAGAUUGUGUAAUAGUUUUUGGCAGUUUCCAGAUUAGAUUGUGUGGUAGUUUCUGGUAGUUUUCGAAUUAGAUUGUGUGAUAAUUUCUAGUAGUUUCCAGAUUAGAUUGUGUGGUAGUUCUCACCAUGUCAAAGACCCUGCAAAAAAGAGGCUUUAGAGCAUCCAUGCCUGGUGUUAAGACCUCAAAAGGAAAGGGAAAAAUAGUUUCCCAAACCUCUGGUUUGGAGGGGAAGAAUGAGAAUGAGGACACCCACCAAGUUAUGAAGAAUUUUAAGGUUUUUAAAAGCCUCUUUGAGUCCUUGGAGCCCUUGAGUUUGAGGAAUAUAAAUAAUAAGGAAUGGGGUUGUCCUGCUUGUAAAGGAGGCGAUUCAAAGGUCAAGGUUAGUGAUCGUUAUAAGGGUAUACAAGGUCUUAUAGAGCAUGCCAAGGUUACAAAGUCUUGUAAUGUCGGUUGGCACCAAAAACUCGUUAAGGUUUUGGAAGAAGAGGUAAAGAGAAGGAAAGUUGCAUGUACCAUGGCUCAGCAUGUUUAUGGCAAGUGGUUGGGUCUGGAGAACGCAUGUGGUGAGUGCGAGAUUGUAUGGCCUCCUAUCAUAAUUAUUCAGAACACAAACCUUGAUCUUUCAGACAAUCAACAACGGGCUAUGGGCAUGGGAAAUAAAGAGUUAUUAGAUUGUUUUAAACAAUAUAAACCAUCUAAGGCCAAGUUUGCAUAUGGUCAAAAGGGUCAUUGUGGUGUUAGCCUCUUAAUUUUUGAGGACUCAAUAGAUGGAUAUUUGGAGGCAGAUUAUUUGCAUAGAAAUUUCUUAAGGGAAAGAAGAGGAAGGGAUAAUUGGAAUGAAUAUGGAAUGCCUAAUCAAAAUUCAAGUGGAAAACGCAUACUAUAUGGUUACAUGGCGACAAGUGAGGAUAUGGAAGACUUCAACAAGCAUUCAACUAAAGCAAAGGUGAAAUAUGAUAUGGUGCCAUACCAGUUAAAGGUUAUAGAGCCAGUUAAGAAAAUGAAGGAAGAGAAUGGAAGGAUUACUUGGUUAGAGAAAAAGAUUGAUGAAGAUAGAGAAUCGACUAAAUAUUUGGAAGAGAAGGUUAAUGAUAUGAUUAAAAGGUUAGACAUUCAACAACAAGAAAUGAAGAUACUAAUGGCACAUGCUUAUGAGCGUGAUGAGGAUUGCAAGAAAGGAUAUGAUUUUUUAGAGAAUUUCUACAAACAACAAAUUGAUCAACUCAAGGAAGGUGGAAAGGAAAACAUCCAAAAAGAGAAGAUAGGAAAUUAACAUAAUAACUAAAUACAUCUAUCUAUAUUUCACUUCACUAGUAGAGAGACAAAUAUGUGUAUCAAAUAGUAUUAUCUGUAAGGAAAGACUAAAUGUGUGCACACAUGUACAUACAUGUUUGUCUAUUUUUAUACAUUUCAUAAAAUUUUGCGAUAAAAACCUCAUAUAAGAUUC